GAGAAACCUCGCAAUGUCGGCGCCGUAUUCGGUUGUUGUGGCGGCCCUGGGCGGCGUUGCGACGCACCUAUUGUACUUGAAGCGAGGAGAGCAUCACCGGCAUGCCCUCCGCUAUGUUCUGGCCGCGGCAGCAUCUUUUCUCGGUGUUUCGGUCUUCGGCUGGUCUCCUACUUUCGUUGAUGCGCCUGGCACAGAUUGGGUAUCGGCCAUCGGCCUGUCAGCAAAAGUCCACGGAUGCUUCUUCCUCGGCCUCUAUUCCAGUCUCAUCACAUACCGGCUCUUCUUCCACCCGCUCAACAAGUUCCCAGGCCCUGUGGGCGCUCGCAUCUCGACCGUCUGGUUGAUGUAUCACUUCCGGGGCCUGGAUGGAUGGCAAAGAGUUGCUGCGCUUCACGACAAAUAUGGUCCGUAUGUACGGAUUGGUCCAUCCGAGCUAUCGGUGCGCGAUCCGAAAGCCGUGAAUGCCUUUCAUGGUCCAAACUCAAAAUGCAGGAAAGAUCCUCAUUACGACAUGACGCUGCCUAUGACAUCGCUCCACAUCUUUCGUGACAAGGCUCAGCAUGACCGCCGCCGCCGUGUCUGGAGCCAAGCCUUUGGCGACCAGGCAUUGAGGGGGUAUGAGAAACGGAUGCUAAAGUAUCGUGAUAUGCUGUUUGACAAGAUCGCUGCUUCUGAUGGCCAGCCAAUGAAUAUGUCCAAGUGGUUUCACUUUUAUAGCUUCGAUGUCAUGGGUGAUCUCGCUUUUGGAAAGCCGUUCAACAUGCUUGAGACUUCACAAAACCAUCGGGCCAUUGAUAUGCUGGAGGCUGGAUUUUUGCCUCUUGCGAUCCAUCUUCCAGUGUGGCUCCUGGUGCUGGGAAUGAGUAUCCCCGCAUUGUCAAAAGAUUGGUUCGAGUUUGUCGACUUUUGCAGAGAUAGAUAUCAAGUUCGGAUGAAGCACGAACCGGACAUUCCUGACAUCAUGUCCACGCUCUUGAAGCCACUGGAAGGGAGAGAGCCUACCACUGAAGAGGCAGAUUUGCUGACUGGGGAUUCUCAGCUUGUAAUCACUGCAGGGAGUCAUACAACUGCUGCGAGUUUGACAUCCAUCACACGCCUACUUGCAAAGCAUCCGGAACAUAUUACAAAGCUACGACAGGAGCUGGCACCAUUCGCCCACGACUCACAAAUUAUAGCGACACAAGAUGAAAUGGCCCGUCUCGAGCAUCUCAACGCAGUGAUUAAUGAGUCGCUUCGGCUUUACCCUCCCGUGCCAACAACGCUAUAUCGCCAAACCCCAAGUGAGGGCAUCAUGAUUGAUGAUGUCCACAUCCCAGGAAGCAUGUCUGUUAUAGCCCCACAGUAUGCAAUCGGCAGAAAUGAAGCGGUAUACGCAGAAGCCGAUUCAUUCAUUCCUGAACGCUGGUAUAAAUUCCCGGACAUGAUUAAAAACAAAGAUGCGUUCGCUCCAUUCUCAACGGGUCCCUAUGGCUGUAUAGCGAAGCGCAUGGCACUCAUGGAUAUUCGCCAGGUGAUUGCGAGGCUCGUAUGGACAUUUGACUUUGGCUUUGCUCCCGGAGAGGAUGGUGUCGCUUUUGAAAAGAAUGGAGUUGACGCAUUUAUCAUGACCUUUGGCGAGGUGAACUUGACUUUUAAGCGCAGAGAAGCGAAAUAAACCCAUGCAUAAUGACUAGAAUAGAUGUUACACUUAGACGAUUGAUGGGCGCGUGUUGAUGAAGGCACAUUUCAUAGUCUUGGAUAAUAACUCAUUCUGACGUUUACUUUGGUAAUGAGUUGGAGUCUGCUCUGCCCUACAGAAACUUCUCCAGCCGUGAAAAAUCUU